GUGCCGCGUCGCCUCGCUGGGACAGCGACCGGCUCCCGGUGUUGCCCGGCGGCCGCCCCCGGCCCUGCCCCGGCUCUCGCCGCCACCCGCGGGCGGGGGCGGAGGGCGGGGGGAGGUCCAGGCGCGGAGCCGAGCGCCGCCAGCCCGGCUCGCCCCGCACACGCUCGCACUCGGCGCAGCCCGCCCGGCCGCUCCCGGGGCGCCCGCCCAUGGCUGACAGGAGCCUGAUCGAGGGCGCCGAGCCCCAGCCGCGCCGGGAGGAGGCUCCGGAGUGGGGCUACGAGGAAGGAGUGGAGUGGGGGCUGAUUUUCCCCGAUGCUAACGGGGAGUACCAGUCGCCCAUUAACUUGAACUCAAGAGAAGCUAAAUAUGACCCCUCGCUCCUGGAAGUGCGUUUGUCACCGAACUACGUGGUGUGUCGUGACUGCGAAGUGAUCAACGACGGGCAUUCGAUUCAGAUUGCCCUGAAGUCAAAAUCAGUGUUAAUAGGGGGGCCGUUACCUCGGGGCCAUGAGUUUGAACUACACGAUGUUCGAUUUCACUGGGGGAGAGAAAACCAGCGUGGUUCUGAACACACGGUUAAUUUUAAGGCCUUUCCCAUGGAGCUUCAUCUAAUGCACUGGAACUCCACACUGUACAGCAGCAUUGAUGAGGCAGUAGGGAAGAAGCACGGCAUAGCUAUUAUUGCUUUGUUUGUGCAGAUAGGAAAAGAGCAUGUGGGCCUAAAGGCUGUAACUGAAAUUCUUCAGGAUAUCCAGUACAAGGGAAAGUCCAAAACAAUACCCUGUUUUAAUCCCAACUCUUUAUUGCCAGAUCCUCUUCUGCGUGACUACUGGGUGUAUGAGGGCUCUCUAACCAUUCCACCCUGCAGUGAAGGUGUCACCUGGAUAUUAUUUCGCUAUCCUUUGACUGUGUCCCAAGUGCAGAUAGAGGAAUUUCGAAGACUGAGGACUCAUGUUAAAGGUGCUGAACUUUUAGAGGGCUCUGAUGGAAUCCUAGGAGAUAACUUCAGACCAACUCAGCCACUUAGUGAUAGAGUCAUCAGGGCUGCAUUUCAGUAGCAGAGGAGGAAGAGCAAUGACGAAUCUUCAGUCAGAGAGGGGGAAGACAAUGCUCCCACAGUGCCCGCAGAUGAGAAAUGGAAACUUUUGAGACUGCUGCUUCAGUUGAACCACAAAGCCUGUAUUGUUUGUCUUCAUCUAAUUCAGCCUUGAUAGACAGCUGUGACAGUUGGUCUGUCCACAUGGUCCAGUGAAAUUCUGGGAAUGGGCUGUACAUUAAAAGAAGAAAACAUAUUAAAUCUUCAAUUCACACUGUUAACUAUUUUUAAAUUGUCGUUAUUGUUGCUUUGAUAGCUACUUUGCCAUAGCAUUCAAUAGUCAUCUGUGAUCCAAAUAGUACUGAUUUUAAGCUUGGUAUGAAUGCUAAUAUGUAGAAAUACCUAUUAUUAUUUUGAAUGUUAGAUUUGCUUUUAUUCCAAUCUCUUCUGCUGUCAGUAACCAUAUUUUCUGCAGAGGGAAGAUGCAUUCUACAAAGGUAAUAACAUUGUUUGUUCACAAAGAGUAUUAUACAAAUUCAGAAUUAAUUUUUUGGCAGAAAGGAGCACUUCUCUGCUAAACAUAUGCACUUGACAUGGUUUGUCUGAAUAAAGCUGAAUGACAUUUGCAUUACUAGGAACCUUACUAAAAAGAAGGACAGUUUGGAACUGAGUAAAAUUAAUCAAUAUAACAUUAAA